AUGGAGCUACCAACUCUUCCCCUAAAGGGCGGCGUCGCCAUUCCUCCGCCCGAGAAUCCCUUCAACCCGGCCUUGGUCAACAUCUUGACCACAGCUCUCGUGAAACACUAUGUGCACCCAGACUGUGCGAACUCGUAUGGGACGGAGCGGGAGCUCGCGGCCGCCAUCAAGGCGAGCGGAUUGCCGCGGGAGAGCCUGUUCAAAACCACCAAAGUCCAAGACGGGUGGGCCGACGUUCCUGCCGCCAUGGGCAAGAGCCUGAAGAAUCUGGAGCUCGAUUACAUAGACCUGUUAACGAUGAAGGCCUCCGGAAAGGCCAGGGCCAUUGGCGUCUCUAACAUGCAACGCAACCACAUCGAGACAAUCCUCGAGACCCCCAGCGAGAUUCCAGCAAUCAAUAAGAUCGAAUACCAUCCCUAUCUACAGCAAGUUCCCGACGACAGGUCUUAG